CAUUACUUUUGAUGAACGGCAUUAUCUGUUGUAGGAUAUCGAUGCAUACCUUGCUGAUUCGCAUCACUGGUCAUUUUGAAAUGUAUGUUACAUGGUUUUGAUGCCUUUUCAUAGGGUUUUUCUUUAAUAAUUUCUGUUGGUUCUUAAUAUUAGCUUUGUUGCAUCAAAAAUGUUCAGAGUAUUCCAGUUUGACUCGCAUUUUGGUAUUAGUUUUAAUUUUUUUUAGAUGGAAAGGAAGAGGCCUAAGGAAUUUAUCAACCUUGACAGCAGUCAGGAUUCUUAUGGUUUGGAUAGUGAAGAUUUGUCUUCUUAUCUAUCUGACAAUGAGAGUAAUGACUUUGAAGAUUCAGAAGUUCACAGCUCCGGGGCAUUGAAAGCAUCCAAUUUGCUGCUUAUCAACAAGUUUGAAAAAUGUAAUUUACUUUAUUUUCCCUCUUAUUCCUUUUUGGAUUUUCAAUUUUAGUUACACUUAGACUAAUUUUUUAUGUUCCUUUUUGUGGUUUCAGUACCGUGAAUUGAAGGUUUUGAAGAGGCAGCUCGCGAAAACUAUAUCUCUUGAGGUUCUUAUCUUUUCGGUCACAAUUUAUGAUUUACUUUCUUUUCUUGUUUUUACUUUCUUAUUUCGAUUCAAUGUUAUGUUUUAUAACAACUUUUUCUUCUCUGUUAGGAGGCAAAGAAGAAAAAAUCUGCUAAAAGGCCCAAAGAAGUUUUUACCAGAUUUUCAGUCUCAAGCUUUUCAUCUAUUUUGGAUGCUCUUACACCUGAAAAUCGUGGAGUCAUUGACAAUUCCGGACUGGGAUCUCUUUUGCUUUUCCAAAAGUGCUAUGUGCCUAAUAAGUUUGUGAAGUGGGUAGCUGAGCUAGUGAAUUAUAGGUCAGUUGAUAUAGUUGUUGAUGGCAAGGUUAUCUCUCUUACAAAAGAAUCUGUGCAUUUAGUUCUUGGCCUUCCAAUGGGUGAUAAACUUUUCCCUUCUGAUCCUUCUGGGGGUAAAAGCAAUUGUGCUGUCAAUGUUUGAGAAGCAGUCCUUGCCUUCAGUGAAGUUUUUUGCCAACAAAAUUCUAAAGCAUCAAACUCAGUCUGAUGAAGAAUUGAUCAUUUGUUUCGUUCUUGUUGCAAUGAACAGUUUUCUAUGUCCUAAUACUUCAAGUGUCCAUAGCUAUCGAUAUUUUGGUAUUUUUGAGGAUAUUAACAAUCUGAAUCUAUAUGAUUGGUGCGGUUAUAUUCUGGACUGGCUGCUUGAUUGUGUUAAAUCCUUUAAUCGUGGCAAAAGUAUAAGUUCAGGCUUUGGUGGUAGUCUUGGUGGUUGCUUGUACUACCUUACUGUACUGUACCUAGAUUAUGUUGAUUUUGGAGUUCACCAAGUCUCAGAUUCUAUUCCACGUAUUGUUGUUUGGAAGGAUUCAAUGAUACAGACCUAUGCUCAGCUUGACAUGAAGUCUCCUGGUUCUUAUGGAUAUCACCCAUUACUUGAUGUUUCUCAUACCUGCUAUUCAAAGGAUUUGAGGUUUCUUUACAAUUCAAUGUGUGUCAAUAUGGAUUCUCAUUUUGCUGAGAAUUUGGACCAAUUUUCUGGUUGCAAGCUUCCUGAUUCUUUGAAAGCAAGCAUUUGCAAGCUUAUUCAGAACUACCUCUUCAACUCUGGAGUGUCAGUUAAGUUGGAUGUCAAUCAUGUUAGUGCCAUGCCAGAUUCGCUGAAAUCUGUGUUCUGUAAACUGUUGAAUCAUGUGUAUUCCAAUGAUUCUCGCAUUGAAAAUUCAGUCCUAGAUCUUCUUAAGCUCAUUGCUAAUGCCUAUGAAAAUGAUGAUCGUGGGUCAAAUCAUGAUAAUGCCACUUCUACUCAGCAUCCCAAUGUUCAUGAAGUUGACGAAGAAAUGAAUUCUUCUAGGUCAAGUAGGAGACAGAAUCUUGCCAAUUCGGAUGCCCAGGAUGAUGUCGCUUGUUCUCAAUAUGAAGCUGAGAAAGCUACAAAUCCAUCUAGCCAUAUUCCCUGUGCAAAUCUUGCUCAGUUUUAUUCUUCACCUUCUGGAGCUUCUGAUGCUGCUAAUAAUGCUUGCAAACCCUCUGCCCCCUUGCCUAUCCACAAAUUGCACCGUUCUCCUGCCAAUUCUACACCUUCAAAUGUUGAUAACGAUGUCAUUGCUAGGGUGAUGUAAAAUUUGACAAAGAACA